AUGGCUGAAACUUUAGAACAGGUUAAAGUGUCAUCUGAUGAACCAACUGAAACUGUGAGUAAAGAAGUUUCAAAAACAAAUAAAAAAAGAAAGCACGUAGGCGAAGUUGAAGCUGUACUUAAUGAUAGACCCCGGCGACAAGCACGUCCAGUUGUGCCCUAUGGUUCCCAAGCCUCUGACACAAAGUUACGUGUCAAGCCACCUGUUAAUAUAGUUCAGGGUAAAGGUAUCCCUCUUGGUCAAAUCCCGUCAAUAGCUCGUGCUAUCGAUAAGCACAAAACAUCAGAUGAGACUCUUAAAAACAUACAUAGAUUAUUUUAUGGUCGAGCCGGAACAAAAAAUGAUAUCAAGUCCCAUCUACGCGCUUUCUCAGGUCUUAACGCAGAAUCUCCUGUCGAUGCAACGGCGAUCAAAGAAAAACUUGAAAGAUUGAAAAUGACUGCAUUGAAAAAUAUGUGUGUUUUUUUUAAUGUUAAAGUAUCGGGUGAUAAAUCCUCAAUUAUCGAACGGUUAAUCGAAUUUAUAAAGGAACCUUUCGAUAUCUCGAAUAAAAAGGAUCUAAAGGUGCAUAAAGAUAAAAUUAAAAAAUUAGAAUUGAAUCAAAAAGCUCGAGAUAUAUUCUUCACCGAACAGAGGGACAUAUUAAAGUCGAAAGAAGAAAACAAAUCUGCGACUAAAGCUCAAAUUGAUAAGCAGUUGUUAAGUGCUUGGAAUGAUAUGUCGGAAAAAGAUAAAGAACCUUAUUUCACUCGCGCUAAGGAUGCAAAGAAUAAAACCGUCAAAAAAUCCGAACCUCCUAAAAAAUCAUCCGAAACCCUUGAUAAAAAGAAUGGCGAAGAUGACGAAGAAGAUAGAAAGCCGAAAAAAAGAACUAGAGUCACCAAGAAAGGGUCCACAAAGGUCGUCAAAAGUAAAUUUAAAUCACCAGAGACUAUAGAAAGCGAAGAUGAUAAACCUGAAGAAGACCCGGAAGAUGAUGAUAACGCAAAAGAAAUGGACGAUGAUAGUGCAGAAAAGAAACCAGAUGACAAUGCAGUUGACAAAAAACCGACCAAACAAAAGUCUAGUAAGGAAGCAGAUAAUAAUAAAAGUGAAUCGGAUGAAUUGAGCGACGUACCGGACGAGAGUGACGACGAAAAGGAAGUAGAGCCACCACGUAAGAGAACUAAGAAAAAUGUUGACAAAGAUCAUGAAAAUUAA